AUGUCAACCGAUCCCCCUGGAGCAGGUCCUCCCAAGGAUGACGGACCGCUCAUGGACGAGAUGAACGGGUCCAGACGUGCUUCGGCCGCCAGACGGUCGCGUCGAAAGAAGGAAGACGACACCGCCACUAUCAAUUCGGCCAUAAAUACUCCAGAUACUCGAGCCAAGAAGAAGGAAGAGAAGGAAAAGGGAAAGGAAAAGGAAAAGGAAAAAGACAAGCCGACCCGGGCUGCUCGUCGCCCACGGGAGAAGUCUACCGCCACGGCCGCGUCACGCAAAAAGGCCAAACUAGAGACCUCGGGAGAUGAAGCUCCAACGGGUCAACGAGCUCCAUCCCCGACUCCGACAGCGCCAACUGCGGCAGCGGCUUCUGCGAUGACUGCAAACACGAAACCAAUUUCCCCUCGACUUUCUCACCCACCGGUUUCAUCGUCGCCAAACUCCCCGCCAGUCACAGCGCAUCCAAGCCCGCCGCCGACGUCAACUUCAAAUACUCAGUCGCGUCCGGCGCUGCAUAUGGGCCAAAGUCCGCGCCUGUCUCCCUCAGAUGCCAGGUCUGCCCCGACGGCGCAGUCCCAUCUUUCUCGACCGCUAUCUCAGCCCUCACCCCUGCCUCAUCAGCCACCUCAAGUGCCUUCCGCGCCUAGUCCAGUACCAGCCCCGGCGCCGGCACCGGCACCGGCACGCACGAGCGGUCGCAACUUCGAUCCAAUUCGCUCGGCUUUCGAGAACCCAUCACCAGCGCCAGUGUACAGCCCGCCGCCGACGGCUUCCCCCAGACCGAGCUAUCGCGCAAGUGCCUCUCCAGCCAUCUCCAGCAUCAUAGACCCCCCGGCGGCUCAGACACAAGUGACAUACUCUUCCCAACCAGUUCGCUCCUCAUCCACUCAUGUCUCGGCUGUUUCUUCGCCCGCGCCUCGUCCGGCAGUGGUGCACACACCUAGUCAUCCCACCCUCGCACCCUCGCCCAUUCCAGUCUCCUCGCCAUCGCACAGCGCCGUUCAGACUCCUCAGCAGUUGACUCAUCUCAACAAUGCCCCCUACACUCCUCGUAAUGAACCGCCGUCACUUCAGGCUCCGCCGCCAAAACUCGAUCUGUCGCCGCCUGCUGUUCAGCAAGCCACAAAAGAACCAGCGCACCCCCAGUCAAAGCGACCUGCGGACGGCUCGACCGAAACCGAGACCCCGCAACGCUCAGCACAACAAUCGUCCGAUGCAAUGGACAUUGACUCCAAGGAGUCGGUGGUCGUACCAGCCAAGAAGGAAAAAGUCACGACCGCCACCUCUACCUCGAAACCGCCUUCUCCAAAGCCGGCAAAGGCAGCCAAAGAAGCCCCAAAAAUUCCUCAGGGCUCAGGUUUGAUCACGACUGCUCUCUUCGGCGGAAUCGAUGAUUCGGCCAAGUCUGAAGUGCGAAGCGUGCCGAACAUUGUUGUUCACGUGCCGCUUAACAGGGGCAACCAAAUUAUCAACUUUGCGCAGCUGGCAGAAGAGCAAUAUGGUUUUGCGGCGCUUCAUCCAAGACUAGCGGCGCACAAAGAACGAUUGGCACGUGUCGCCGCCGCAGGAGCUGCAUUGGAGCGAAGCGACAAAAGCCUCAAAGGUAUCUCGGCUGGUGAAAGUGCAGACGAGGAUUUGAGCCUCGACGUGGAUCGUGACAGUGAUCUUGAUGGAGACAUUUCCAUGAUCGGUGCAGGCACCAACGGCGCACAGUCCGAGGCCAGUGACGGGAUCAAGAAGAAACGUCGGAGGAAGGUUGAAGAAUAUGACCGUGACGACCCAUUUGUUGACGACAGUGAAAUGGCGUGGCAAGAGCAGGCGGCAGCUAGUAAAGAUGGAUUCUUUGUGUACAGUGGACCACUCGUGCCCGAGGGCGAGAAGGUCCAAGUGGAACGUGCGGAUGGUACGAUCAAACGUGGUCGAGGUCGGGGUCGGGGCACUGGACGUUCUCGUGGUCUGACUUCCCAGCCCCAUGUACCCAUCGCCGCAGCCGUUCCCAUCUCUCAAGAGACCGGUCUGCCGUUGCGUGGACCCGGGUCUCGUGGCGGUCUCUCGCGUCGUGGCCGAGGCGCAAAGAAAACCGACGCCACAGAAAAGCACGGUGACCGCAACGGAACGACCGCCUCCACCUCCCAUGAAGGUCGAGGUGGCCGCGGUGGUAAUACCAGUGGCCGUGGAGGCUCAUCCUCACGGGGCAGCAAAAACUCCGUCAUGUCGAUGCUGGACAUCGCCCCAGCUCCUAGCCCGCAAAGCCAGAUGGGAAAUCUCACCCCAGCACCUGCAGGCAGUCCACUCGCCGGACCGGAAUUGAUGAUGAAAUGA